UCCAUUUCACCCAUCUAUGCCACACCAUCUGGUGCUCACACCACCAUUGUAUAGAGGAGGAUUUCAUAAUUACAACAUGGGGAACUUCAUUUCAAGACGACAUGUGCAAAUAUUACCCCCACCAAUGAAUAGUCCGCCUUUCAAUGCGAUUCGCUAUGUUCAACCAAAGAUCUUCAGGAGCACAAAACCCCUUCAUAUGAAUAUGAAAUCGAGGGUCCAAAUGAAGCCCAUGCGUCCGAUGAAACAAAUGAAACCGAUGUAUCGGAUGAAACCGUUUAAACCGAUCAAGCCAAUUGAAAUGAUGAAUCAAAAGGAAAUGAAAUAUAUAAAGAAUUCAAUGAAGAGGAAAACACCUUUCAUAUAUUUGAGAAUAAGACCAAAUAGACCCCCGAUGUAUCAACCACCAUCAUGGAUUAACCGAAGACAACCAUUUCCUCGCCUUCCCAUAAGAAUUUACAGAUGGAGACAAUCCUUUGAACCACCAGCUACACUAAACAGACCUCAACCUCAAUAUCCUACAAGAACCUACACACCUAUUCCUAUGCCACGACAUCAGCCGGCAUAUGACAUUCCGCGAGCUCAACCACCUACUUUUAACGACGGUACGCCUCCAUCUAAAGGAGAGUAUGUGGAACCACAAGUCAUUCCAGAGGAUAGAAGAAGACACUGGCUUCAGACCGCAUCUGGUAAAAUAAAUAACUUUAAUGGUCGUAGAAAUGAUAAUGGUGAAAAUAGUGUUGACUCUGAGGAAAAAUGGGAAAAACGAUUCGAGGAUUUUGAUGAGCAAUUUGAAGAUUUACUGGAAAAGAGAAAGGAGGGUUACUAUGAUAACGAUGGCGAUAACAUGCUUGACGACAAAAUAUUUGAGAGUUUUGAUAAGAUGACAAGACUUCGGAUGAAUAUGGCUAGAAGCAGAAAAUACCUAGACGAUUUUAAUAAGGCCAAUGGGAAAGACCUAGAUCAAGAAAAGUAUUUUGAAAACUCUGAUUCUCGGUCAGUCCAACAAGUGCAACGCUUCCGGUCUGGAAGAAAACAUAAUUAUGACGAACAAUAUUUUGAUAGAAAAAGUGACCCUUUCCCUCAAUCGAGCCUUCCAGAUCAAGUAAACGGACGCAGGCAAAGAAUUGAUACAAGAAGAAACAGUGAUGACGAAAAAUAUUUCGGAAGGAAACGGGGUACACAAGGAUUUCUCCAAACAAAUCGUCCUUUCAUCAAUAUGAGAAGUAUUGGGAGAAGCAAAAAUGAUGAUGAAAAAUAUUUUGAAACGAAAUCCGAAAACAGUUAUGGCGAUAAAUUCAUUCAAAGAGAGUUGAAUCGUCGUCGUUUGCAACAACACAAUACACGAGCUAUUAUUCCAGAGGCAUCUGCUUCUUUUGCGAACCGUCAAAGUCAAAGAACCAAUAGUGGUCAUCAGACGAUAAACCAAGUUCAUAGAGCAAAAACUCAAACAAACGAAAACGGAAUAGCUCGCACAGCAGUUACUCGACAACAAGUUAAUUUCGGAGAUAACACUGCAAGUAUUAAAAGUGAACAAAUGAUAAAAUAUCAGAAAAACAAUGGCAACAAAUAUCUAGAAACCAAAGAUAAAUUUAGAAGAACAACAAUUAAGCAUCUGGCCGAAGUGCAGAAUACCAUUGGCUCACAAAGACAAAAACGUACAUUCCAGCGUAUCAGGAGCUCAUCUAUGCCGAAACCCUCAAGAUUUUAUAAUUCAUAAGAACUCGACAGAGCUAUAUAGAUAAGUAGUAAGACAAUCAUUUGUGUUAGCGGUCAUCAUUUUGUUAGUGGCCAACAUACAUUUAAAUCCACGUGCAUAUGUAAUGUUUAUGUUGAACUAGAUAUUUCUAAAGUCAUAGAAAAGUGAUAUUGGAGAAGAUACGCAGCUACAAAACUGUGUUGUGACAGAAAUUUGACUUAUAUAACAAGUUCAUAUUUCUAUCUAUUAUAACAAUGACAUCUUUGCAUUUGUUUUAUUUCGAUUCGGUUUAAGCAGUUACCGACUUUAAACAGUAAAUCUCUAUGAUUAAUAUAUGUAUUAUUGUGUCCAAACCUAUUACUAAUACUUUGUCAAUGUGUAUAAUCCUCCUUAACCUUAACGAAUGUUCAAGCCAGUAUAUAUAACAUAACAACGGCUUAGGAGUUUGGUCUUCAGGGUAAGACUUUAAAAAAUAAACCCAUGUCUGUUAUUAAUGUAGUUGCAGUAUUAUAAAUAGACUACGUGAAUGUAUUCUGUUCAAAUCAUCACUUUGUGUUAGAUAAAUCCAAAA